AUGUUUAUCGACGCGAAUGCGCCCAGAAUCUCACUGGAUUCGCUGCCAGACGAAAUUCUGACGGAGAUAUUGGUUCGGGUUCCAAAUCGGAUGGAUCCGAUUCUGUCUACCGUCUGCAAAUCUUUCAGACGAAUCUUGGCCUCGCCGCAUCUCCGUACACUUCGCCGGCGAUUGAAGAAAGACACGAUCUUUCUCAUGUUUGUGGACUUGGGCCAGGCGGAUUUGAAGAGGGAAUGGUUCAGAAUCGAUGAGAAUGUCCCGCGAUCUCUGGUAUCGACCCAUCUUUCGGUUCCUCGUCUUCCAAUCAGAUGCACGAUCGCGAUUGAUGCAGAAGUAUUUGUUAUCUGUGGCUCUUCUCUGAAGAUCCCAGUUACAGUAUGGGUUAGUGAUACUCGGACUGGAGAGCUUUCACAAGUCCCUGAUCUGCCGGUGGAAUUGAUGUUCAGAGGUGCCGGAUUGGUUUGCAAUAAAAUCUACUUGGUCGGUGCUGACCAUGACAAGGUGCUUAGGGCAGAAGAUUUUGAUUUGACAAGUCGAACCUGGUCGCCAGCAACUCCUAUUACGCAACCACAGAGAGAUUGGCGUGCGGCUGCUGCAAAUGCAUCGAUAGACAAAAAAAGUCUACUCUUUGAAUUCCACAACACCCGUCUAUUACGAUGUGAGCAAUGGGUCAUGUUCGGCUUGAUGUGGUAUGAUUCUAACACUAGCCAAUGGAAGAUGGUUGAAGGUCUCAGUUUCAACAGGGCAAACUCUGUGGCCAUGGCAGAGUACAACUCCAUGCUGGCGUUCAUCUGGACAGAAGAGAGUUCAAGUGCUGGAUUGAAGAAAAUUUGGUUUACCCUCAUCAGCUUGGAAAAGACUGAAUAUGGUUUCCAUGGUUCUGCACAACCAUUUGAGACGAUUGGUACCGUUCCUAUCAGCUGGGGAAUGAGGCUUUGUCUUUCGGUGAGGAGAUAG